AUGAAGUUCUUUGGAUUACUGUUGAGUGUGGUAGCGGUGGUGCAAUGUAGCCCAGUAGUUCAAGAAGAAUCAGUGUUACGUAUGGUGGCGAGUAACUUUGUGAAUUGCGUGAAUAGUGACCUAAGUUUGUGCUUGAAGGAAAAUGCAUUGAAAGCGACUGAGCGUUUGGGGACACUCCGUAAGCUGAAGAUCUUCGAUGGUGUUACUAUUCUCAACAGCAGUCCUAAAGAAGCUAGAAGUCUCGAUGUUCUGCCUACUGAGCCAUCACUACGUGAACAAGAAAUUACUAAAAGACUUUGGGAGAAUACAAAUGAAAUUUUUCAGCAAAGCGAAUUGGAAUUAAGCUAUUCUGGAUCUGAUGAAGAGGAGGAGUCUAGAGCUGUUCAAGAUGUCGAAGAGGGCCGUGGUAAGAAAAAACAAAUCAAAAAGAAGUUGAAACUGUUAAUUCCCUUGUUAGUGCUUGCAAAAAUAAAGGCUGCAGCUGUCGUCGUAUUGUCCAUUGUGGUCAUAGCUGCUUCGCUUUACAAAUUGGCGCUCAUGGCUAAGAUCGCUUUUAUCUUCAAAGCCAUCGCUAUCCUCAAAGCACUUCUUCACAAGAAACACCAUGAAGAAGAACACGGCUGGGUACCCCAUGUGGAGGAGCAUCACGGUCAUGAAGGUUGGGAAGGUGGUUGGUCGCGCUCCAAGAAUGAUGGCUCCAGUCUGGCAUAUUCCCAUUAUCAACAGUAA